GUCACGGUAUCUCUCAUAUCCACAGAAAAAUCACUUCGCAAAGUCGUUUGUCGCGUUACGCGGUAGCGUGAAUUCCCACAAUGUGAUAUUCGUGACAAUAUUUGCAUUUUAUUCUCAUGUUUGGAUGUGUCUAAUCGUGUGUACAACAUUGCAAUGGAAAACAGGGUAGAAGACAAGUCGUGUGUAUCCUCCACUGUCACAUUAACACCAGAAAAUAAAGAAGAGAAUGUAUACAAUCCUUUCAAUCAUAGAAAUGUUGCCCAUCCCACAUCAACCAGUGGGUCAUUCUUCCACCUACUUAAGUCAUCCUUGGGAUCUGGACUUCUGGCGAUGCCAGCAGCAUUUAAGAACACUGGAAUCAUACCUGGUUGCUUUGGUACCGUGCUAGUAGGGAUAAUUGCCACCCACUGUGUUCACAUACUGGUCCAAACAUCUCGGGACAUUUGCCAAGAAUGCAGGGUCGCUUCACUAAGUUACACAGACACGUGUGCCAAAGUCUUCGAGCGUGGACCGAGGAGAUUGAGGCGUUAUUCCGUAGCUGUACGGAAUUUCGCUGACUGUUCGAUGGCCGGAGUCUGUCUCGGAGGAACCAGCGUCUAUGUGAUCUUCAUUGCCUCUUCUUUGAAAGAUAUACUGGAUCAUCUAACAAGCUUACAGUACUCAGUCGAAAGUUACUGCGCAAUUUUGUUGCUACCCCUGGUAUUGCUUACUCAAGUGCGAUACUUAAAGUUUUUGGUUCCGUUUUCUCUCCUAGCCAACGUAUGUCUGUUAAUAACGUUUGCUAUUACUUGCUAUUACACGUUUGGAGAUUUACCGGAUACAAGCAAAGUGAAAUUAGCUGCGGGUAUCGAAGGAUGGCCUUUAUUUAUAAGUACAGCAAUAUUUGCUAUGGAGGGUAUUAAUGUUGUAAUGCCAGUAGAAAACGAAAUGAAGAAGCCUCAGGACUUCCUUGGGUGUCCAGGGGUUUUAAAUAUGACCAUGGUACUUGUAGUCAUUCUUUAUGGUGUCAUGGGCAUAUUUGGCUACAUGAAGUAUGGAGAGGAAGUGCUUGGAAGCAUCACAUUGAAUCUGCCUCAAGAUGAAAAAUUGGCUUUGACAGCCAAAGUGUUGGUUGCAAUCGCUGUUUUCUUCACAUAUGGCUUGCAAAUGUACGCACCUAUGGAUAUCCUAUGGUUAAGGAUCGGAACCAGAGUUGAACAGAAGUACCACAAUGUAGGACAGAUUAUACUUCGAACAGUAAGCGUAACCCUAACAGUUAUCCUGGCCAUCGCAGUCCCUGACCUGGAAUUAUUGAUAGGUCUCGUUGGUGCCAUCUUCUUCUCAACAUUAGGAAUAUUUAUACCAGCUGUCAUAGAAAUUGUCCAUAAGUGGGAUAGAGGUCUCGGAAAAUGGAACUAUAUAGUGUGGAAAAACUGUAUUUUACUAUUUAUCUAUGUUAUAGUCCUCACAUCUGGUUGUUAUACGGCUAUAUCUCAGAUUAUCGUCAAAUUACGAUCAUAAUUGUUAUUACCCCGUGGGGCUUUCCAGAAUUCCAAGAAACUUUCUGAUUUUUGGACGAAUUAUUUUGAAUUUCGUUAACAACAACAUCAUAUUUAAAUAUCUAACAAAACAAAAAUGUUAUCUAAUAAAAUACUAUUUACUAUAGUAUAAAAUAAGUUCUGAGUUGCGUUACAAAAUCUAAAUACUAUUCAAGAUUGGCAAAAAUUCCUCGCGCCAUAUUUACCGUGUCAAAUCCCUUACUUAAAAAUAUAUGAACUUUUAAACGGAUUAAAAGGCGUUUAAUUGA